AAGGGAGAGCGGCGGCGGCGACACGCGUUCGGCCGGGUGAGAGGUCGUCGGAAUGGGCUCCAAAACGAAAGCAGCUCCCGACCCGCCUGGCAAACAGCAAGCGGGGGUGGCCGCCCCUGGCAAGAAGAGCCCCCAAGGCCCUUCGGACCCGGGCGAGGAGGCCCACAAGGCGGGCAAGGAAGAGGACGUUCACACGUGCUGCGGUUGCCGGUUCCCGCUGCUGCUGGCUCUGAUGCAGCUGGUCCUGGGCGUCUCCAUCACUGUCCUGGCCUUCCUGAUGGCCAACUCCAGCCCUUCGCUGCUGCUCCGGGAGACGCCGUAUUGGGCUGGAGCGCUUGUUUGUCUGGUGGCCAUCAUUGGGUUUGUAAUGCUGUGUAUUUCUUACCAGCCGGAUGAGAAGACGUGCAUUCAGUUCUUCAUCAAG